UUAUAACUGACCACGUGACAGCAGCUGCAGCUUGUGUUUCACACGAAGUGAAAGUGAAAGUGUAUCUUCACAGAUCUGCAGCUACAACAAGGGGAUCUGUACCGGUGGACGAUCAUGGAUUCACUCUUACACGUACUUUGUGUCUUGUCUCUAUGUUCAGGAGUUCUGAGCCUGCAUCAGAUGACAUGGCUGCCCUGUCAGUUCACUGAUGAAAAGGUGUUUUUGAAUGAAGAUGGUCACACUGAGACUCAGCUCAAACACAGACAGGUCAUGCUGCAGUUUGGCCAGAAAGGAGAUGAUCCAGUCAACCCACAUGCCGUCACUUUUCUGGUCACAGGAUCUAAGUUGGACCUGCGGGAUUAUGUGGAGGGGGUGGAGGCCGAUCUGUUGGACUGUGAGCUGCGUAGGUACAGUACAGAGGGGAUCCAUGUCCACUGGCCUGCCCAGGAAAACAAGGAGUACAACCGUUGGUUCAGCUGCACCCUCAAACACAGCAAGGGCCUGUUCACCGUCACUAGCUUCCUCAGACAUCCAUCUGACCAACCCCCCCCUGAACAGCAGGACUACCGCAACUGGCCUGUCAUUGAGGACGGGGAGAUACUCACAACAAUGGUUGCCCUUUUCAUGAAAACACAAUCUCCAUCAGUCAAAGCCACCCUGAGCUCCCAACAAAAGCUUCACUGCCAGUUUGCUCUGGACCACAGGGAUCCAGAUGUCACUGUGGAGUGGAACUGGCAACAUCGUGGCGAAAGAAUCCCACUCUUCAGCCAUUCCCCCCGCUUACGGCAUAACCAGGGGACUGGGGUUGAGUUGAAGAGCCUCGCCAAGGGGGAUGCUACCUAUAACCUCCCCUUCACCAAGAUGAGCAGUGAAGGGAGGUACAUUUGUUCAGUGUCAGUGAAUCCACUGUUCACCAGUCUGGAUAUAAAUCUGUAUGUCGAAGAGCCUCCCCGUGUCACUAUCAACGUCGGACCCAUCCUCCAACUGAAGGAGGGCGAGGAACAGAGGAUUUUCUGUGAUGCAGAGAAUUACUACCCUCUGGAUGUGGAUAUUGUUUGGCAUGAGAUAGACCCGGAAGCGGCAGGCCAGAGGGUUGGCGCUCCUCUGCCCAGGGUAGUCCAGAACCUUUUGCUGAAAAGCCACAAACACAACCAAGACAAGACCUUCUCUCUGUCGGCGUUCUUCUACCUCCAGGGUUCCCGCAGGAACUCUGAGAAAAAGUUUACAUGCAGCGUCUCACACCAGUCCCUGCGGAUGCCCAUCAAAAAGAGCUUCAUCCUGCAUGUUGAAGAGCCAAGCAGCUGGUUUUCUGAUCUCAAUGUUGGUGUCGUCAUGUUCGCCUUGGUGCUCCUCCUGUGUGUGAUGCUGUUUUACCUGCACUCAGCAAGAAGACAAUCAGUACAGAAAAAACCAUACUGAGACCGUCACUGGCCUGAACACGCAUCACAAGCAGAACCAGAGAAAAUGGAGUGACUGUCACUCCUCCUUCAUUCAUUUUAUUUGUGAAUGUCCUAGGCUUUGUGUGAGAGUGAGGACAUUUUGUCCAGUCCUCACUUCUUCAAAGGCUUGUUUGAGGGUUAAGACUUGUUUUUAGGGUUACGGUUGUAAUUAGGUUUAGGUUAAGGGGCUAGGGAAUGCAUUACCUAAAUAAAUGUCCUCACUAAGAUAGAAGUACAAACUUGUGUGUGUGUCUGUGGUUUGAUGAGGUGAGUUUGGGUUUCUGUGAAACUCAAAGCUGCUCUGAUUUUCAUACUAAAAUUAUGAUGUAGAUUUGAAUCCUUGUGGAGUGUCGUGGAGCAGUCCACGACACUGGUUACGAUGUACAGUAUAAGCAGUAGUUCCAUGGAGCUGUGUUUUUACAAGUGGCUCUUGUUUGUAUCAUGUUCGUGCACGAUGAUGCACUUGGACACAUGCAAGCAUAUAGGCUAUAUGGCACAUGUUCCUGCUCUGGUUUUUCAGUACUCCACUAAAAGAAAUUAAUAAAAUCACUUCCAGCCAACAAACAUGGACGUAAGCAACACUCAGUUUCAAAUGUUUUUAAAAAAUCGACUUUGUGAAUGUUAUAUAAGGAUGUCAAUAAACUCAGCAUGUUGCUUUGAUCUCAAGGAUACAUACAUUGUGAAAUUUUGAAUGAAACUAGAACAUUAUUAUAUAGAAUAAAUUAAGUGAUAUUAUUUACCUGGAGUGAACCUCAAAUGUCAGAGAACAUGCUAAUUUAUUGUUGAAUAUCGACAUUGAAAUCAUUGACAUGAUGUCAACCUAGAAAUAUAUUACACAUGGCAGACAUUGUAUAAAUUAUGGUAGAUUUAUAUUGAAAUUGUACAAAUUACUAAUGAAUUGAAAAACUGUAUUAUCAUGUGGUUUGUGCUUUAUUUUGGCAACAUGUGUUAGAAUAAAGUCUUCUUGGAGUAAGUCA